AUGAAGAAAGUUAGAACCGGAAGCUGUUCUUUCGCAUGGCGUCCAUUUGUAUCGUCCAUCAUGCCGAAAACACGCCGCAGCAAAGGCAAAGCUGCGAAAAGUGAAGAAGCCUUUGGAGAAGGAUUAUUUGAUGUCUUUGGAGAUUCAUCCGGUCAGAAUGAAGAGAAAGGAGCAUCCCAGGAGACAACUGAGGAGUCCAAAGCUGAGACACUGUUCAGCCAGAUUGCCGGGAAACGGCGUGCUGAAGAGGAAGCAGAGGAGGGGCUGAAGAAAGCAAAAAAUGAGGAAAAAGUGGUGGAGGUCAUGCCCCGUCUCCAGGUGCACACUGUAGAGACCAUUGAGGCUUGCACACAUGAGGUUGCUGUUCCUCCUGAUGAUGCCUAUGUACCCCUGAAGGCCCCGACUGGCGCCCCGGCCAAGGAAUACCCCUUUACGCUGGAUCCAUUUCAGAAAGAGGCAAUUCUGUGCCUGGAAAACAACCAGUCUGUUCUGGUCUCUGCCCACACAUCUGCGGGGAAAACUGUGGUGGCUGUAUAUGCCAUUGCCAUGUCCCUGCACAGCAAGCAGCGUGUGAUCUACACGACGCCUAUCAAAGCCUUGAGUAAUCAGAAAUACAGAGAGCUUUUUGAGGAGUUUCAGGAUGUGGGUCUGAUGACUGGAGAUGUGACCAUCAACCCCACCGCUUCUUGUCUGGUCAUGACCACUGAGAUUUUGAGGAGCAUGUUGUACCGUGGAUCUGAGGUGAUGAGGGAAGUUGCUUGGGUAGUUUUUGAUGAAAUCCACUACAUGAGAGACAAGGAGCGUGGUGUGGUGUGGGAGGAGACCAUCAUCCUUUUGCCCGACAAUGUCCAUUAUGUGUUCCUCUCAGCCACCAUUCCCAACGCAAGGCAGUUUGCAGAGUGGAUUUGCCACUUGCACAAACAGCCCUGCCAUGUGGUGUACACAGAUUACCGACCCAUUCCCCUGCAACAUUACAUCUUCCCAGCUGGUGGGGAUGGUUUGCAUCUUGUUGUGGAUGAAAACGGUGAGUUCCGAGAAGAGAACUUCAACACAGCCAUGUCGGUGCUGAGAGAUGCUGGUGACGGGGCCAAGGGGGACCAGAGAGGCCGCAGAGGAGGAAGUAAAGCCAAUGAAUCUGACUGCUACAAAAUUGUGAAACUCAUCAUGGAGAGAAACUUUUCACCUGUCAUUGUGUUCAGCUUCAGCAGAAAGGAUUGUGAAGGUUAUGGCAUGCAGAUGUCAAAACUGGACUUCAAUACAGAGGAUGAAAAGGCAUUGGUUGAGGAAGUGUUCAACAAUGCUGUGGAUGCACUAUCUGAUGAGGACAAAAAGUUGCCUCAGGUGGAGCAUGUUUUGCCUUUGCUAAAGAAAGGCAUUGGUAUUCAUCACUCUGGUCUGUUGCCUCUAUUGAAAGAGACAAUUGAGAUUCUCUUCUCAGAGGGUCUAAUUAAGGCUUUGUUUGCCACGGAAACCUUUGCCAUGGGACUGAACAUGCCUGCAAGGACUGUGCUUUUCACUGGCUGUCGUAAAUUUGAUGGCAAAGAUUUCAGAACGGUAACAUCAGGGGAAUACAUCCAGAUGUCCGGGAGAGCUGGACGUCGUGGUCUGGACGAGAGAGGUAUCGUCAUCAUGAUGGUGGAUGAGAAGAUCACACCGGAAGCAGGCAAGGCCAUUGUCAAGGGUGACCCUGACCCCCUGAACUCUGCUUUCCAUCUGACCUACAACAUGGUGCUCAACCUGCUGAGGGUGGAAGAGAUCAACCCAGAGUACAUGCUGGAGAGGUCGUUUUUCCAGUUCCAGAACUACGCGGCCAUCCCAGGCCUACUUGAGAAGCUGCAGGUUAAAGAGGAACUGUACAACUCCCUGAGCAUAGAGGACGAGGAGUCUGUGUCCGCCUACUACCGCAUCAGGCAGCAGCUGGCCACUCUGACCAGGGAGGUGAAGCACUACAUUCUCAAACCCACCUACCUCUUGCCUUUCUUGCAGCCAGGCCGAGUGGUCAAGGUUCAAAAUGGUGAUCUGGACUUUGGUUGGGGCGUGGUGCUGAACUUUCACAAGAAGAUGGAUCAAUCUGCUGCAACGGAUGAGACAGGGACGCUUUAUGUGGUUGAGGUUCUGCUGAACCUGACCAAGGAGAGUGUGAAGAGUCGCAACGCCUCUGACAUCCAGCCCUGCCCCAAGGGGGAGAAGGGAGAGAUGCAGGUGGUUCCCAUCCUGACUCGUCUCAUUGAUGCCAUCAGUGCCAUCAGGCUGUACAUCCCGAAUGACUUAAGGUCCUCCGAUAGUCGCUUCCUGGUUCUCAAGUCUCUUCAGGAAGUUGAGAAGAGGUUCACAGAUGGCUUGCCUUUGCUGGAUCCCAUUGAAGACAUGGGUAUCAAAGACAAAGGGCUGUUGGAAUCCAUCAAGAAAACUCAAGCUUUUGAACAGAGAUUACACUCCCAUCCUCUCAACAAAGAUGGCCGGUUGACCGAUUUGUAUGAACAGUAUGAGAAAAAAGCUAAGAUUGGCAACGAGAUCAAGGUUCUGAAGUUGGAGCUGAAGAAGAAAAAGUCUCUGCUGCAGAUGGAUGAACUGAAGUGUCGUAAGCGAGUGCUACGUCGAAUGGGUUAUGCCACAGCCUCAGAUGUCAUUGAGCUGAAGGGACGAGUUGCUUGUGAGAUUAGCAGUGGUGAUGAGCUUCUCCUGACUGAGCUGCUGUUCAACGGUGUCUUCAACGACCUGACACCGCAACAGGCGUGUUCCCUCAUCAGUUGUUUUGUCUUCCAAGAGAAAGCAUCGGAGAUGCCCAAGCUAGGAGAGGAGCUUGCUGGACCCUUGAGGCAGAUGCAGGACACAGCACGUCGCAUCGCCCGCAUCAGUCGAGAGGCCAAGUUGGAAUUGGAUGAAGAAACAUACGUGGAUUCCUUCAGACCACACCUCAUGGAUGUUGUCAACUCUUGGUGUAAUGGCUGCACCUUUGCCCACAUUUGUCAGAUGACUGAUGUUUUUGAAGGGAGUGUGAUUCGCUGUAUGCGCAGACUGGAGGAGACACUGCGUCAGAUGGUGCAGGCAUCCAAAGCCAUUGGGAACACAGAACUGGAAAACAAGUUUGCUGAGGCCAUUCGUCAGAUCAAGAGGGACAUUGUGUUUGCUGCCAGUUUAUACUUGUAGACUCUAGACAGCGUCAUCUCACACUUGAGGUCCCUCUUCUCUCCUUGGGCAGCAACCAACAUCAGACAGGAGCCGGGCUCACUCAUUGCGUCUCUGUGUGGGAGUGUGAAUGGGAAGCUUCGCUUCAAUGGAUUAUUACACUUGUAAUGCAU